UGCGCGUAUCCUCAGCGGCGGCCGCUUUCCCCGCGGCUGUGAGGUACGCGCGGGACGGGACGCGCUCGGGGUGGCCGCGGGCGUCCAGUCGGGAGAGCCUUGCGCUCUGGGGCUGUAAAUCAUCCUUCCUUAUCUCCGGGAGCCGGGGCGAUUUGCCUAAGCGGUGCGUGUUGGCCGCCUUAGCUCCCGUCCUUCGGGCUGCCCCCGCUUUUCCCAAACGUCUCGCGUUCUUGGUGUGCGCGUGUUGGGUUUCUAGGGGCUUUUCUUUUCCUCGUUGCCUCAAAACCUGCCUCCUCUCUCCACUCCACGUCAAGAUACGUUCAGAGGGCAGCCUUGUGGAUGGCCCCGGAGCAGGCCAGAUGGAACAGGACAGAACCAACCAUGUUGACGGCAAUAGAUUGAGUCCAUUUUUAAUAUCACAAUCUUCUCACAUUUGCCAGGCAGAGCAUUCUGCAGUGAAGCUACAGAACGGAAGUCCAGCAACAGAGAGACUUGAGGUCGAAGUCAAUGGUGACCACAAGCGGCUGUUCAAUAAGAGCAACUACGGAGAGCCCCACACAAAGGGAAGCCCAAACCACCGCAUUAGCCCUGACCUUCUACAAGAGAAGAAAGCGUGCUCCAAAUAUAUGCAAAAUGGUGGGAUAAAACGCACUUUUAGUGAGCCCUCUCUGUUUGGACUUCAACAGAGCAAGAAAGUGAAACAAGACAAAGAGGUAAAUGGAGAAAAAGCUGAGCCAGAGGAUAACUAUGAAAAACCAAGCAUCUCCAAUUGCUACAGUGAGAAGAAAUCUGAGAUGGGACAAGAAAAUGAAGCUUCGGAGUUGAUGCCGUCUGCAAGAUACAACAGUGGUGGUUCAGAAGACCCUCGUGAACUCCUGAUUCAGGAUGAACAGGAGCAGGAAAACAUUAAUUGCCACAACAGGGACAUUGUCUUACUACUCAAGAACAAGGCAGUGCCAAUGCCUAAUGGUGCUACAGUUUCUGCCUCUUCCAUGGACAGCAUGCAUGGUGAACUCCUGGAGAAAACACUGUCUCAAUAUUAUCCAGAACAUGUUUCCAUAGCAAUGCAGAAGAACACAUCUCAUAUCAAUGCCAUUACCAGUCAGGCUACUAAUGAGUUGUCCCACAAGACAACGCAUUCAUCCCAUACCUCAGGGCAGAUCACUUCCCCACAGACCUCAAACUCUGAGCUGCCUCAAGUGCCAGCUGUAGUGGUUACUGAGGUCUAUGGUGCUGACGACUCCAGUAAGCCACCUGUAUUGCCAGGUAGCUGUUCACUUCAGAAACCAGAACUACAGCUACAGCAGCAGACUCCAGGCUAUGAUACACACCGAUUACCUGUAGGAAACAGUGCUGUUCAUGGAAGCAUAGGGCAGGUUCCCAAUCAAGACCUCUCUCUAAGUUCCAGCAGUAACCUGCAAGCUCAGAAUGCUGCACCGGAAAGGUUUUCUGAGCAAGCAGAAAAAAAUGGUGCUUUCUUUACACAGAACUCAAUGUUUCACAAAGAUUCCUCAACUUCUCCUGCUCCAGAAAUGAACAGUGCACUGUCCGUCAUGGUGCGAGAAGGACGCCAUUCCUAUGACAAAAGAUGUGAUGAAACUCUUCCUGAAGAGAUCAAGAAUGAAGGGCAACAGCAGGGACCAAUGCCAGAAAGUCCCGGCCUCAGCCAACAGCAACUUCACCCCCAGCAAAGGCUUCCGCAGCAGGUGCAAACAUCACAGCACGAAGUCAGCCAGAGUGAUCUCCGAGCUGCUGCAGCCGCCUCCAUUCAGCAGCACCCAGAAGAAAUGCCGCCGCCGCCAUCAGAGCCUCCCCUCCAAAACCUGCAUGCAUGCGGAAGCGAUGGUGAGUUGCCUCAACUGUGUCAGCGUUUCCCAGGACGGAGAGAACCUGAGAUUCCUCCUGACAAAGAAAAGGACCAAGUGAAAGAGUCUGUGCAACAGCCUCAGCGUUACUCAAAGCCUGCCUGGAUAGAAUUGGUUUCCACGCCGUUCCGGCACGGAGAGCUUCCCCACAAGCCCAACGAAGCAUUACUGAGAUCAAUUCUUCAGUACCGGGCAAAUACAUCCAAAGCAGCUUAUAUGAAACAGUAUGCUGGAAGUCCUGAUGCAUUAAAGGGGCCGCCGGGACAGCCCCAGAGCCAGAAAAUAAUGCAACAAGAACAAAUUCCUCCGCAGUACAAAAGCGAGAGCUCCCAGCUGCAGCCGCAUCCCACAGCUGACACGCAGCUGCUGUUCCAAAAGCACUCACCGCAGCCACAGCUCACAAAGAUGGAUUCCUUGCUUAAGCCCCGAGUGCAGCAGCACCCUCCACAGCAGCUCCAUUUCCAGCAACACCCUGAACAACAAAUUGAACAGCCUAUAGGGGCCCCACUGAAACAGCAGCACUUGAAUCCCCAGCCAGGGGAAAGCGAACAGUUCUUGCAUUCACACGUUUUGCAACAGAUGCUCCAAAAGCAGACACAGCAGACACAGAUGCCGUGCAGUCCGCAGCUAACUCCAAACCAGCAACAGGCUCUGCAAAUGAAAAGCAAAGAACCAUCCCAAACUAUUCCCCACUCCCAGAACAAUGCAGAGCAGCAGCCAGACAGGACAUCUUUCAGUCAGCCUAAAGCAGAUGAGUGCUUUCAAACUGGGAAUAAGUACAUGAAACCAACCGCAUUCCCACUGCAUAGCCUUCAGCUAGGGCUAGAGCAGGUACAGAGCAUGAACAACAAAACUCCCCUCUACAGCCAGAAAACAAGUGCUGGUCUGCAGCAUCCCUGCCCAAACAACGUGCACUUGAUGUCAGAGAAAAAGGAAAAUGCCGCAAAUCUUGAACACUUUGGAGCAAACAAAGCGCGUGACUUGCAACACAUGCAGUAUUUCUCAAAUAACUUGCCUCCCAAGCAAGAUGUGAAUCACUGUUUUCAAGAGCAAGAGCAACAGAUGCAACAAGCUUCAGUUAUACAGCUGCCACAAAGCUACGCCGGUAGCCUCAGUCAAGAUCCCCCGAGCCAGCAGGCUGCACCGAUGCCCCAGCAGUACUUACCGCACAGCCAGCAAACUCCUGCACACUCACAAGAUCAGAGAGGCUGUCAUUUGCAAAGCCAAACCCCAAAGGAUUUUCACAAGCACGCCGCUCUAAGGUGGCACCUCUUACAGAAACAGGAGCAACAAGCAUACCAGCAACCCAAAACCGAGUCUGGCGCCGGUGCAGCACGCAAGCCUAUAAAAAUUGAGGCUGGCGCAAAGUCUAACAUUUGCAUGCGCCUAUCAGCUGGGCAGCUGGAAAACAAAAUGUGGAAAAAAACAAUUAAACAAGAGAAUCAGCACUUUGGCUGUGAGAACACACAACAAAAGAGCAUCAUUGAGACAAUGGAACAGCAGCUAAAACAGAUACAGGUCAAAUCACUGUUUGAUCACAAGACUUUUACUGUCAAAUCGCCUAAAAACGUGAAGGUUGAGACAGCAGGCCCUAUUACCAUCCUAUCUAGAAACACCAGUGCUGCAGAAUUUGAUACUCACACCCCGAUCUUAGAACAGCAAGCAAAUGUGUCUGCUGAGAAAACCCCGACCAAAAGAACAGCUGGAACUGUUCUCAAUAAUUUUUUAGACUCACCUUCCAAGUUAUUGGAUACUCCUGUAAAAAAUUUAUUGGACACACCUGCCAAAACCCAGUAUGAUUUCCCAUCUUGCAGCUGUGUUGAGCAAAUUAUUGAAAAAGAUGAAGGUCCUUUCUAUACCCACCUAGGAGCCGGUCCUAAUGUGGCAGCUAUUAGAGAAAUCAUGGAAGAAAGAUUUGGACAGAAGGGUAAAGCUAUAAGGAUUGAGAGGGUUGUCUACACUGGGAAAGAAGGCAAAAGUUCUCAAGGAUGUCCAAUUGCUAAAUGGGUAGUCCGCAGAAGCAGUCAGGAGGAAAAGCUGCUCUGCCUGGUGCGUGAGCGGGCGGGCCACACGUGUGAGACGGCGGUGAUUGUGAUCCUCAUCCUGGUUUGGGAGGGAAUCCCAACCAGCCUGGCUGACAAGCUCUAUUCCGAACUCACCGACACUCUGAGGAAGUAUGGCACGCUCACCAACCGGCGCUGCGCCCUGAACGAAGAACGGACUUGUGCAUGUCAAGGGCUGGACCCUGAAACUUGUGGUGCUUCAUUUUCCUUUGGUUGCUCCUGGAGCAUGUACUACAAUGGUUGUAAGUUUGCCAGAAGCAAGAUUCCAAGAAAGUUUAAGCUGAUGGGGGAUGAUCCUAAAGAGGAAGAAAAACUAGAAUCCCACUUGCAGAAUCUGUCAACCCUGAUGGCACCCACCUACAAGAAGCUUGCCCCUGAUGCAUAUAACAACCAGAUCGAGUACGAACACAGAGCGCCUGAGUGUCGCCUGGGUUUAAAAGAAGGCCGCCCAUUCUCAGGGGUCACCGCCUGCCUGGACUUCUGCGCUCAUGCUCACAGAGACUUGCACAAUAUGCAGAAUGGGAGUACACUGGUUUGCACACUAACUAGAGAAGACAAUCGUGAAAUUGGCCAAACACCUGAAGAUGAGCAGCUCCACGUGCUCCCCUUAUACAAAGUCUCUGAUGUGGAUGAGUUCGGAAGCACUGAAGGCCAGGAGGAGAAGAAGAGGAAUGGCAGCAUCCAGGUCCUUACCUCCUUUCGUCGGAAAGUAAGGAUGUUAGCAGAGCCGGUUAAGACGUGCCGGCAAAGGAAGCUAGAAGCAAAGAAAGCAGCUGCAGAAAAGCUUUCCUCCUUGGAGAAUGGGUCUAGCAAAGCUGAAAGAGACAAGUCUGCUGCAGCACGCAACAAACAAGGCAACUCUGAGGCAGCAGGUCAUGCAAAGCAGCUAGCAGAUCUUUUACGUCUUUCAGGACCAGCGACACAACAACAGCAGCAGCAUCCACAGCGUACUCUCCCUAACAACCCUCAGUCAAAUGCUAUUAACACUUACUCGGGUUCAGGUUCUGCAAAUCUGUAUGUAAGGUUGCCUAAUCCUGCCAGUGCUUAUCCAGGCUCUUCAUACACUUCAGAUCCCUAUGGAGGGUCUGGUCCCAUGAACCUCUACACCACCUCAUCGCAGCCUGCGGGGUCUUAUUUGAAUUCUUCCAGUCCCAUGAACCCUUAUUCUGGAUCAUUAAAUCAAAAUAACCAGUGUCCACCCUAUCAAUGCAAUGGAAACAUACAGAUGGACAACUGUCCCUCUUACUUGGGCUCUUACCCUUCUCAGCAUCAGCACAUGGACUUGUAUAAUUGUCAGAGCCAAGACCCUAUGUCCAAACUAAGCCUACCGCCCAUUCAAACAUUAUACCAGCAUAGGUUUGGGAAUAACCAGAGUUUUGGUCCCAAAUACUUGAAUUACGGAAACCAAAAUAUGCAGGUAGACUCUUUCAGUAACUGCACCAUUAGACCAAAUGUACACCACGUAGGGUCUUUUUCUUCUUACUCCACCCACGAGGCUGACGGUCAUUUUAUGGAGGUUGCCUCAAGGUUAAAAUCUAGUCUGAGUAAUCCAAGCAUGGACUAUGCCUCCAUGAGUAAAAACACUGAACACCAUCAUGUGCAACCCCCUCCACAUUUAGCACAUGACUACCAUUCUGCUUCGACUAUGUUUAGCGGUCCUCCUAAUUCGUUGCAUCUCCAAAGUAAGGAUAGUGAAAUGAUUUCACAUGCAGUAAAUGGCUUGUCUAACACGAUUCCAGGUCAGAACCACGAUAGGACUACACCCCAAGGUGGUUUAGAUAAAACAGAUGUGCUGAAUCCUGAAAAAGCUGAGGAUCCCGAUGAAGUCUGGUCAGAUAGUGAACAGAGCUUCCUGGAUCCGGAAAUUGGAGGAGUGGCAGUUGCUCCAUCUCACGGGUCAAUUCUCAUAGAGUGUGCAAAACGUGAGCUCCACGCAACGACCCCCCUGAAAAACCCCAACAGGAACCAUCCCACCAGAAUAUCCCUUGUCUUUUACCAGCACAAGAGCAUGAACGAGCCAAAACACGGGCUGGCUCUGUGGGAGGCAAAGAUGGCUGAGAAGGCAAGAGAGAAGGAGGAGGAAUGUGAAAAAUACGGUCCAGACCACGUGCCUCAGAAAUCUUACGGCAAAAAAGCAAAGCGAGAGCCUGCUGAGCCACACGAACCCUCAGAACCAACGUACCUGCGCUUCAUCAAGUCUCUUGCACAAAGGACACUGUCAGUCACCACGGACUCCACAGUAACUACAUCUCCAUAUGCCUUUACACGGGUUACAGGGCCUUACAACAGAUACAUCUAACUUCACACCUUUGUUGGUUACCUCACCUGAAAAAAACAACUCGUCAGUAGGGUAGCUGUCGCUUAGGUUUUGGGGAAGGCAAGGGUGGAGAAGAGAACAGUGUUUUUGUUAAACUCGUCGGUGGAAAAGGCCUCGGCACACCAGCAAAAAGAGGUAAUCUUGCUAGCGCACUUAUUUUCCACUGAUUUUUUAAGUGGUCACAGAUAGCAUGUAGGAAACAAGACCAAAGCAUCCUAUGCAAAAACAGAAACAAAACAAAACAAAGUGUUUCACAAUUUACAUUUGAAAACGCUGGCCCGGUUGCUGAAAGAGAUAACCUACAAAUGGAUUUUUUCUUUCUUACAGUUCUGCACAUCUGUGACCACUUUUAAUGCCAUCAAGUUUGUGUAGUCAUGGAACAGGAGCAAAAAAAUUCCUAUUAAAAAAAUAAUACUGCAGUGUUACAACUGCAGGAAUCUUAAAAUAACAUCUGGUGCUGAAUCUACGAUGUACUGAAAUACUGGAAUUACGGCUUUUUAACACGCAGUUUUUACUGUAACAUUAUUAGUCUCUUAAUUUUAUUUAAUGAAGUAGAUAACAUAUAAAACGUAAUGAAUAGACAACAAAACGCUGAAUUUGUUUGGAUAUUCUAAAAACCAUGGUGCUAUCUAAGAGAAUGGUGUCUUUAUUUUACCAGUCAAACAGUUAAUGCCUUUAUAACAAUUAAAAUGUCAAUGAUGUAUUCAAACGUUCUUCAACAACAUGGAGGACCUUUUCAUUCGUGUAUGUAUUGAAUUUACCUGGUGUUAAAAUAAGCUGACUUUUUAACGUAUGGGAAUUACGAGGACCUCUGGAUGUUGCUCAUCCAGUCAAGUCCUAGAAAAGGACAAUAAAAUAGAGAGAUAUUUUUUUUUAAAAUAGUGUUUCAAAAGCACUUUGUCUACCUAAGCUUGGCAACUUGAUCAAUGCUAAGGUACUGAGACAUUAAAAAAAGAAAAAAAACAAGAGUUUACUUUGAUUUUAAAACACAAAGAUAGUUUUUUUAAAAUAAAAAAAAAAAAAGCUUUUAAUACUUUUGUUUUAGCCAUGCAUCUGCUAGUGGGCUACAUAUCCAUUUUUAAUACAGUCAGUUAUGGUAAAAAUGGGGCUUACUGGAUAUAAGGGAAUACUUCAAUACACAAAACACACGUUUUUCUGGUGCUCAUCUCACACAGCUAUACUGUAAACUGUUUUCUACAAUUAUUAUGACAAGUUCAUUGCUCAAAUAUGUACAGUUUUAAGGAAAGAGUUUUAUAUUAACCACAGGUAAUAAUUAGCAGCAUGCAACAGACUACAACUAGUUAGCUUGGGCUUCUGCUGUUUUUAAAGAUCUGUAUGCUCUUCAACUAUUGAAUGGCAGAUUGCUUUUGUGUUGAUAAUUAUGUACAUUGUGGUGCAAGUCAUCCUCUUUUCCAGGAAGAUUGAGCAGACCGAUGCCUACACAAGAUGAAUGAAACAGGGUUAGUUCUGUGUGAUUCCGUUGAUUAAAUAGAAAAAAAAUAGGCAGCUGGCUUGCUGUGGUGGUUUUAAAUCAUUAAUUUCUAUUAAAAAAAAAAAAAAGCAGGAGAGUUGUAUAGUAAAUUAAAUUGUAAACAAGACUUUUUUUAACGCAAUGCUUUAGUAUUUUAGUACUGUAAAAAUAUUAAAUCUAUAUAUAUUUGGGUUUUGAGCUGAAUUCACAUCAUGGUGCUACUCAGCCUGCUACAAAUAUAUCAUAAUGUGAGCUAAAAUACAUUAAAAGGUUUGAGUGAUGUUCCUACUUGUCAUAUACCUCAACACUAGUUUGGCAAUAGGAUAUUGAACUGAGUGUGAAAGUUUAUAUAUUGUAUACCAUCUUUUUCCCCCAAUAGCCUUUGAAAAAAAAAAAAAAAAAAAAACCAACAAAAAAAACCCUCUCUCAAUACUUGACAUUUUCGCAAGCGUAACUUGAACUUCAGCUUUUUUUUUUUGGUUCUAAAAAUUCAGGGAUAUUUCAGCUCAUGUUCUCCUAUGCCAACGUGUCACCUGUGUGUAUGUAAAGCUGUUGUAGGUUAAAUAUAUUAUUCUUGGGUUUUUUGUUUUCUUUUUUUGUUCCGUUUCCUUUUUUCCUUCAGGGAUUUAAUGCUUUUCUUUUGAAUCCCUUCUCUAAUUUCUCUUGUACAUGUAUUGAUGUAACUAAAACUAAUUUUGUAAAUUUGUUAGCUCUUUUUAUCGCGAUGAAAGCGUUUAAGAGAUUUAGAAUGUUUUGCCUGUUUCAAAUGAAUAAACAAAAGAAAGUAGAAUGCACUGAGCUGAUUAAAGGGAAAAACGUAAGGCAGGGGUUUGGCAAGUGACUGUUUGCUAGAGUUUUUCAAGUCACUCUCUAAAGAAGGCUUCUCGGAUACUGUAAUGAAAGAGAGAAUAUAAAAAGGUACAGUCUGUACAAGGGCUUCCCUAAACACGCAAACCUCCACGUCCCAGAUAUAUCUUGUGCAAUAUACUGUAAGAUUAAGUUCGGUUGAAAGAAAUUUUAUCUAAGAGAAUCACAAGCUAAUAACGCAAGGAAAUCAAAGGAGGCCUUUGGGUUUAAUGGUCAGAUAUUUAUUAUGGCAAUUUUGCUCUUUUUUCUUUUUUUUUUUUU